AUGGAUCUCGACUCUCUCAAUCAAACCAACCACCUCACACCUUACUCGCCCACCGACAAGAAAGAUCAGCGUCCAUCCUCACCAACACAGUCGCGCGCUCCGCCUGCACCUUUCGUACCUCCCACUACCAUGACCGAUGGGGUCCCUCCCUCUACUUCUACCUCUACUACUGCCAUGACCUCCAAUCCCACCGAUCCGCUGGCCUCAACAGUGACCUCUCCUUCUGCUACUGGUCCCCGCCUCAACCCCCGAAGCUGCAUCACUUGUCGUCGUCGCAAGGUUCGCUGCAGUAAGGCAAACCCCUGCGCCAACUGCGACCGCGCAGGCAUUGAGUGUAUUUUCCCAGGCCCAGGCCGCGCUCCCCGCAAACCUCGAAAACCGCCUGAUGCAGAGCUGCUGGCCAGACUGAGGAAAUUGGAAGGGGUGGUGCACAGCCUGGGUGCGCAAGUGGACUCAGAUGGUCCCGCAGUCAAUACGAGUGUGAAAUGGGAUAGAAACACCAGUGGUUCGCCGCUGUUUGGCCAGGUGGGAACGGGCGCAGACACCAGACCGCACCAGAUCGACUCCCCGUUGUCAGAUCGGUCAGCAACCGCCACAGGUGACGGAGGCAAGAGAUCAUCGCUAGGCGAGAAACAGGUGGGGAGACUGGUGGUCAGCGACGACCGCAGUCGCUAUGUGACAAAUGCCUUCUGGACUGCCAUGAGUGACGAAAUUGCAGAGAUGCGGGACCUCUUGGAUGGCUCAGAAACCGAGGACGAAGACGAGACCAUAGUGCCCGAGUCGGAGCGCCAUUCCCAGUCCAGCCACCAAGCCUUUAUCUUCGGCUAUUCGUCCACCAUGGUCGACCUGAGGAGUUUACAUCCCACUCCCAGCCAGACUUUUAUCCUGUGGGAGAUCUUCAAGGAGAAUGUUGACCCCGUUGUUCGUGUCCUGCACCGGCCCACGGCCAGGACCAUCCUCAUGAAUGCCGUGAGCAACCUGGAUCGAUUGUCGAAACAAGCCGAGGCCCUACUCUUCUCCAUGUAUUUGGGGGCCGUUGUUAGCUGCACCCCGAAACAAUGUCAGGAACUCCUCGACGAUGACCAGCAGUCACUGAUCAAGAGAUAUCGCUUUGCCACCGAGCAGGCCCUGGCCCGUGCCGAUCUAUUGAACAGCAACAGUCUCAUGUGCAUGCAGGCCUUUUGCCUCUUUCUCGUCUUUGUCCGGCAUUGCGACGACUCUCGCGUCGUGUGGUCCUUGGUGGGGUUGGCCAUACACCUUGCCCAAGCUUUGGGAAUUCACCGGGAUGGUCCCAAGUUCGGCUUGAACCCUUUCGACACCGAAAUGAGACGGCGACUAUGGUGGCAGUUGACCGUCCUGGACAAUCGAUCCGCCGAAGAUCAAGGCACAGAUCCCACCUUUAUGGAGCAAUGUCAUGACACAAAGAUUCCUCUCAACAUUGACGAUGAAGAUAUCUGGCCGGGGAUGCAGGAUCCCCCCCAAGAGCACAUGACUGCCACAGAGAUGACCUUCUGUCUGGUCCGGUACGAACUGAAUAGCCUUUCCAGGCGGCUGAACUACUCCCGGCCUGGCUAUGGUCACGUUCGAGGCAUGCCGGAGAUGUCCUUGGACGACCAGAAGAGGUUGAUUGACGAGACCCAGCAAAGACUCGAAGACAGGUAUUUGCGCCACUGCAAUCUAGAUCGCCCUAUCCACUGGGUUACUGUUACCGUCACCAGGUUGAUUCUGGCCAAGCUCCGCUUAAUGGUCGAUCAUUUUCAUACCUCAGGGACUGAUUCUCCACAGAACACACUGCCCGAGAUCCGUGAGCAAGUCUUUGUCACCUCUGUCGAAAUGAUUGAAUCGAUCCACACCCUUGAGAGUACCGCGCUUACGGCCAGAUGGAGCUGGCUGUUCAGGACACACAUGCAAUGGCAAUCAGUUGCAUUCGUCCUGUCUGAACUAUGCGUCCAACCCCAGGGACCUCAUGUUGAGCGUGCAUGGAAAGCCAUCGAGUCGGUUUACGAUGAGGAGCUCGGGAAAGCGACCCAUCAAAAGGGCAUGCUGUGGAAGCCACUCCGCCACUUGAUGUCCCGAGCCAAGAUGAUGCGGGCAAAACAACAGCCUAUGCCCAAACCAGGCUCGCAAGACGCAUUGGGCCAGGACAUGAUUUUUCCUCACAUGUCCUCUUCGACACCGAUGCAACACUUUAUGCGCCAGUAUCCCAAUAACAUUUUGUCCAGCGCCAUGGAAGCAUUCGGUAUGGAUCUGGACGAAGCUGGGCCACCCUCCAACCCAGUCCCAGUCUCCAAGACCUCAUCGUCAGUCCGUCGACCGUACAUCGAAGGCGCAUCAAUGACACCUGGGACAAGCGUGGAUGACAGUCUAGCGUCUCUGGACCCCACAUCCAUAGACGAGAUCUACCCACGUGAUAAAAUGGUCACGUCCAACAUCAACCUGGCACCGAGUAAUGCCAUGUUCGAUUUUGGCUGGACACCAACGCUGGUCGACGGUGUCGAUGUCCGGGAACCUUAUCAGCGAUAUCUCAUGAACGCAGCAGAGGAGUGGUUCUGA